AUGUACAACUUGCACGGCACAGAGAGCUACAACCUUCAUCCCAUCACCCGCCGUAACCCUGAGGCCCGCCCCCAAGGAGUCUACGAGUUGAUCUCUCCCCCGGGCAGUUCUCCUGCAGGAUGCAAUCCUACCUUCGGCUUCAGAUUCGGUUUCAUCCCCCAGCCCGCUACUUCCGCCUUCCCGCCGGUCCACCCCAUCGUCACCGUCUGCGAUGAUCCCAACAAGCUCUCGAUGAACCUUCGUGGCGGCAUCCUCACGGAUAAGCAAGGCAGGAUCGGCUCAAUCGUUGCGAACCGGCAGUUUCAGUUUGAUGGGCCCCCCGCCCAGGCUGGUGCCAUCUACACUGCCGGAUGGAGCAUCUGCCCCAAUCAGGGCGUCCUGGCUCUGGGUCCUAGCAUGGACUUUUAUCGUUGCAAGAGUGGCGACUUCUACAACAUUUACGACCAGUCCAUUGGUGGGCAGUGUGAGAGGAUUUGGUUGACCAUUACGAAAGUGGUUCAGUGUUGA